GAGACCUUUCAAUGUUUUGAUUGCGUUACGUGUAUACGUGACACGAGGGAUUGCGUUACGUUUAAAAAUUGCGUGAAUCUUUUGCGUGACAACUGCAAAAAUUUGACAUGAUGCGUCGACUGGGCACGAACAUCAUUAGCAUGUGGAGUACCGUAGACUUGUAACAACUUUACUUCUCAUUUCUCAUGGCUGAAGCGACGGUUAAUUCGACUGAAAGCCGCACGGAAUCGUCAAGUUCGUUAGAAGAGGCAGAAAAGCCAUCGACCGAGGGAUUUACCGAAGAUGAAGUGAUUCAAACGAUCGAAGAAAUGGAUCAUAACCCCGAUUGUCCAGUUUGUUUACAGUCAUGUUUCUAUCCGGUAAAACUUCCAUGCGGACAUAUCUUUUGCUUCUUGUGCAUCAAAGGAGUCGUUUUACGGAGUAAACGGUGCGCUCUAUGCCGUCAUUCUCUCAGCGUAGACUACCUUGAGAAUCCAACCCUUAUUAAAGUUGUAGAGGAAGUUCAUAAGGACGAAAAAGCUUUGAAAUCGAAAGAGAAAACUUGCGACGAAAAUGACGCAGACGAGUUUGUUUGGUAUUACGAGGGUCGUAAUGGAUGGUGGUCUUAUGACGAGAAAACAUCCCCUGAAGUGGAAAAAGCCUUUAAGAGUGGACAGAGAUCUUGUACUCUGCUAAUCGCUGGUUUUCUGUACGUAAUCGACUUUGAAAAUAUGUUUCAAACACGCAAGAAUGAACCUGGUAGAAGGAGAAGAAUCAAACGAGAUAAAAAAGAUGUCGAAAGAAAAGGUGUUGCUGGAAUCCGCAUUCCGGCCACAACGAGAUUAAAUUCAUCCGCUCCAACUCAACCUUUAGAUUCCGUAGCAACUGAUAAAGGAGUUAACACCGAAAACCAAUCCGAGAGCGAAUCGUCCUCUUCACAUUUGGCAACAAAUGACACCAUACAGAUCUCAAGGGAAUCCGCCGAACAAGCUCGAGAUACGAGCAAUACGGACUUAGUAGCUACUAGGUUAGAAAAAGCGUCUAUCAAUUAGCCUUAGACCGCCGCGUCAUCCUGGUCUACUGUGACAGAAGGUGCACUGCCAAGUGAGGGAGGAACAAAGCUUUCACAAGGAUAUGGUGAAGGAAAGGAAAACUGAGGACAAAGAUAUCUCACAACUCCAUCUGAUGGCCUAAGCAAAUGCAAAUGUUAUUGUAGUGGCCAUCUUUAACUAUUUUUUUGAAACAGUCAUAAAUUCUGCUUGUAAACUCCACUUUGGACAAUAUAUUUGCUUUUACUUUCAGUAGUGAUCUGCUCCUUGUUCAUUUUUUUCUUCUUUUUUUUCAUAUUCACUUUAGUCAUUACUGUGGUUUUGGUUUUAAAACACUCAAUUUAAAUGCUCCCAAAAGGACUGUGUAGGAGACAGAGAGCAGGAAUAGACUUGAGGAACUUUCCAGUACACACCUUAUGUACAGUAGCAAUCAUUGUAGAUUAUAGAAAAAAAUUAGACCUUAGGUAUAGUUCACUUAUAAGUUCUCACUGGUGUUAACUUGUGAUUACAAUCAUGUUUUGCUGGUAAUUGCAUUUUAUGUACAGUGCAAUCAGUUGUUUAAAGUAACUCACUGUGUAUACACAUUUAUCAAUAAAUAAAGUUGUAAAGGCAUUUUGAACAUACCUUGCUUUCUCUGAAUGUGAAUAAACUUCUCAUUUAAAUAAAA